ACUCCCUCGCUCAAGCUGACUUGCGCUGCAUGGACUACAACGAGAGCACCGCUGCUACAAAACCACGCUGCAGUGCUUUGAGUGGAGGAAAAACAUUUUUACGAGCGCCUCGACACCACUGCGAGCUGACGUUCGCCGGUGCUCGCGGGGGGUGACGGCAGGUGGUGAGAUGUCGCGGCGGACGCUGCUGCGAACGAACGGGACUGCAACCAGGGGCUCUCCGGUGCUACCAUGGAGCAUCCUCCGGCCGCCGUUUGCUGCGACGGAGCAUCGUCAGAACGCCAGAGCUUCACGGUGCUGCGAUGGAGCAUUUGUCGUGAGACCUUUUACGUAUUUUUCAGACAGAAGGGUAAAUUUGGCAUGUUCAAUUCCGCUGGGGGACAUGGCAACCGGCGCCGCUGCUCCCGUACGUCGUUUCCCGGAGAGAUGUGCAUUGGUACUGGCUAGUACGUAGCAGAUCAACUGAGCAGCUAGCUUCGUACGUGAGUUCAUCAAGGAUUCCUGGAGAUCAAUUUGUAUGUUUGUCUGUAUCUCGACUAUUCCACCUGCCAGGUUGCUUUGGGAGAUCAGCUUGUACGUUUGUGUGUGUCUCUCGAUCAAAAGCAUCGGCAAAUCAAGUCGUACAAGUAUAUGCCGGAAGGUAUUUCGUGUAUGGGGUUGUGCUAACAGAUUGAUGCACCAGGAGGGCUGAGCGAGACGCGAGCAGUCGAGCACGCCAUGGUUAAUCUCGCAGGGCUCCUCGAGGCGACAUGCCAUCUUGCCGUCGUAUUGGUGCUCCUUGUAUCAUGGGAGGUUGGUAGAGGGAGGCAGCUGCCUGAUGGAGGCGGGCAGGCCGCGUCAGGAUUCCGGCGAGGUCGCUCCAGUGCGUGGCGUUGUGAAACGACCAAGGGAAAUUACAUAUCUAUCCUUCAGUUUAAAUUAAAACUGCAGCAUAAUAACCGUUGGAUCGACUUAAUACUACCCACUAAUUUCGGUAGUAUGAUGUACCGUAAAAAAUUUCAUCGUCUGGGGCCGCCGGAACAUCGCCGUUGCAGGGAUGGAGCUUUGCAGAGCAUCACCGGAGCAUCAUCGAGGCCGCCGGAACACCAUCAUUGCUGCAAUGAAGCAUCUCCGAGCAGUCAGAGCAUCGCCGCUGCUACAACAAAGCAUCACCGGUGUUGUUUUGGGGCAUUGCCGGGCUGUCGGAGCAUCACCGAUGCUGCAUCGAAGCAUCAGCGGUGUUGUGUUGGAGCAUUGUCGGGCCGUCGGAGUAUUGUCGGUGUUGCAACGAAGCAGCACCAGUGUUGUAUUCGAGCAUUGCCUGGCCGUCGGAGCAUCACCGGUGCUGCAACAAAGCAUCACCGUUGUUGUGUUGGAGCAUUGCCGGGCCACCGGAACAUCACCGGUGCUGCAACAAAGCAUCACCGUUGUUGUGUUGGAGCAUUGCCGGGCCACCGGAACAUCGCAGGUUCUGCAACGAAGCAUCACCGGUGUUGUGUUGGAGCAUUGCUGGGCCGACGGAGCAUCGCUGGUGCUGCAACGAAGCAUCACCGGUGUUAUGUUGGAGCAUUGCCGAGCCGCCGGAGCAUUGCCGGUGCUGCAACGAAGCAUCACCGGUGUUGUGUUCCAGCAUUGCCGGCCGCCGGAGCAUCGUCGGUGCUGCAACGAAGCAUCAUAGGUGUUGUGUUGGAGCAUUGUCGGGCUGCCGGAACAUCGCCGGUGCUUCAAUGGAUGGUUGCAGCAGCGUCGUUGUCGCAACCUGGCGCUGCACCUGUGGCCGUGCAUGGCGACCUCGUGGGCGGUUUCCCGUGAGAUGACCUGUGAGUCUGUGACGGGGCUGCCGCAACCUAGAGAAACGAGGAUGCUGUGCACAUAGCCGAUAGCUAGCUGGUCUAGAGAUCAAACGGCCCAAGUCAAACCAAAUCAACGGCUGACAAGGCGGUUUAUAAAUCCCUAACAUCAGCCAGUUUACGGCUAGCAGUGGCCAUUUCAUCGAGAAGAAUGAUAGGAUUCACCGCAUAACUAUUAAUCGUAGGGUCGGUCUGGCUCUUUAUAUA